AUGUUGCAGCUCAAAGGUUCAAUAUCAGCGAUUCGGCCAUUCAAAAACCAAUCGAAUUUCGAAUUACUCAACACUCUUAUAGCAUCUAAUUUCUGUGCUCGACCCUAUCUCGUUCAAAACAUAAACCAUCUUCUUUGGUUAUCGAAUCUUUUAUUAGGGAAACAUGCAACUUGCUAUUACAUUUCACAAACAGCUGGGAAGGUUUUCAGUGCAGGAGAAACUUACCAGGAGCUUAAAACAGUGCUCCAAAAGCUCGCAGCCCAAAAAAUGGGCGGAAUAAUUGAUUAUUGUGCAGAAGGAGAAACCUCUGUUGAAGGAUUAGACAACAACGAAAAAGCCAUAAUUCAAGCUGCUUUAUGCGCUACUGAAUAUCCUUAUCCAUCAGUAGCAAUUAAAGUAACUGCGCUAAUUAAUACCGAUUUGCUGGAGAGGCUAAAUGGUUUCAUGCUUAAAAAACUGCAAAGAGGGAGCGACAAAUUCAUCCGAAUUUUUAACGAAAGCGUCUUUGAUGGACUUGAAACAGAAUUUGAUGAAAGGGAAAUCAAAGAAAUAGAAAAUUGUAUGGGAAGACUCAGGAGAAUUGCUAAUGUAUGUAGAGAUAAAGGUGUUUCUAUGAUGAUUGACGCUGAGCAGACAUAUUUUCAAGCUGCGAUCGACAGCUUUACAUGGACGCUUCAAAACGAGUACAAUAAGUCAUCAGCGAUCGUUCUUACAACAAUCCAAAGCUACCUAAAAGACUCAGAAUCCAAAUUAUCCUCAUAUCUGCAUUCCUCAAAAGAAAAAAAUCUGUCAAUAGGAAUCAAGCUUGUGCGUGGUGCUUAUAUAAGAGAAGAAAACGAUUUAGCCCGGAGAAAAGGAGUCCCUUCACCUAUUCAUGACUCCAAAGAAGCCACAAAUUAUGCCUACCAUAGCAACACAGAUACAAUUUUCAGCUUUUAUAAACCUGGUGACCAAUUGUGCAUAGCAAGUCAUAACUGGCUAAGUGCAGAAUUCGGGAAAGAAAAACUCUAUGAGAAGAAAAUCGAUAGAUUGAAAGGAGGAGUGACAUUUGGACAGCUGCUUGGCAUGAAGUCAAUGAUGAGUACAGUUUUAGCUUCAGAGCAUUAUGCUGUACAAAGAUAUGUACCCUUUGGGCCAUCAGAAAAAUUGAUUCCCUAUCUAGCUAGAAGAGCUAUUGAGCAAAGCCAAGUCGUGGGAGAACUGCAUGAGCAGGUAAAAAUGAUUAAUGACGAAUUCAAGAUACGAGCUUUAUCAUAA